UCCUUACUGGACAAAGGGUCAACGAAUCAGAAGAAGAAGAAAAUGAAAUUGGUAUCAAUUUUUUAGUUUAAGGAAAUGUUGAUGGAGAAUAAAAUUUCAAUUUCAAAUAAUCUAACUUCUAGAAUGGAAGACUUCGAAUGGAAUGUUGUAAAUGAAGGGCAGUUGUUGGACGCUAUGGUAGGCCAUAAACCAGUAGGUGUGAACAAAUAUUUUCAAAUGGCUUUCAUAUGUGACAAAUUCACAGACAAUUUGCACAAAGAUAUAAACUCUGAUAAAAUAUGGGCCCAUCUAGAAACAAUGUAUAAUCUGGAAGCACUAGAUGAAUGUGAAUCUAUACCUUUCCCAAACACUGAAAGAGAAUUUAAUCUUCCUGAUUCUGAGUAUGCCAGCCUAAUAGGCAAGAAAGAAGAUAAAAAGGUACAAACACCUAAAAGCAAUCAGGAACUAUCUAAAUCAUUGAAGGAUUUUAAAAAAGAAGAUAAUAAAACUCCAGUAAGACUUCAAAAAGACCAAAGAGACAGAGAUGGAAAAGAUAAUAGAACACCAAAAAAAGAUAUGAAAAAAGAACCUGAGAAGAGCAAAGUUCCUGUUAAAGGAAGAACUUCAAUUUCUGCUGGAAAGGAUGAUAAUAAAACUCCAAAAUCCAAAUCUGAAGACACACCAAAACUAACCAAACGUCCUACAAGAGGUAGUAUGAAACCAAAUGAUGAUUCUGGAUCUAGUGGUAAAUCUAGUCCCAUCACAGUAGCACCUACUGCUAAAAGAAGGAGAAUAUGAAUAAUUCCAGAACCGAAUCCAAACCCCAAGAAGAAACCAAACAAGAAAAACUUAUUGCACAAGAUUCAAGAAGAAUAUAACCCUCUCCCCAAUAUAAUAAGAUAUGUAUCGAUUUCUUAAUUCUUCCGAACUAUAUCAUUAUUUAUAA